CAAAGUUAUAUAGAUACUCAUCUCUUGGAAUGGUGAUCUAAAAAGCUAUUUCCCUUUACGCUCUGGAACUUGUACCUUUGCUUGCCGAUCCCCUUUCCUCUACUUCUCUGUGCAGUUCACCCCGAGGAGCCCAGAAAAGAAAAGCAGGGGGGGAAAAAUGAUGUCCAGGCUUAAUGGUGCAGUGUGGAUGGAAGAAGAAGGGGAGGAAGAGGAAGAAGACGCGGUUUCUUGGACUAGGAACAACGGUGGUUGUGGUGGAGGAGGAGGAGGAGGGGAAAAUAAGGACGAGUUGGGUUCUCUAUCUACGUACAAAUCGAUGCUUGAAGAAGACUGGUAUGUGCACGGUGGAGGGAACCCGUCUCACUCUCACCAUGACUUCCAAAGCAUCCAAAAUCACCAAGAUUUUAAAGAUAUAGCCUUCUCUUCAAACGCCGCUGCAGCUGAUAAUCUGCUGUUGCAGUCAGUGGAUUCCUCGUCUUCGUGCUCUCCGUCGCCCUCCGUGUUUAAUCUCGACCCAUCUCAAUUACAGUCCUUCUUGCCUCCGAAAUCUUGCCUGUCUUCGCUCCUUAAUGUUGUUUGUAGUAACCCUUUUGAGAGCGGUUUCGAUUUGGGCUGUGACUCCGGGUUUCUCGCGCCUUUGCAUGGGAACCAGAACACAAACUCCACUGCUUUAAUGAACAAUGGAGGUGGGGUUUUGACUGACUUCACUGGUUUGAACUCCGAAGCUCAGAUGGGCAUUCCCGAUCUGAGCUCCAAUUCACAAUUCUCAUCCAAUCGUUUGCUCCCGAUGGCCAACAACACCAGCUCUGUCGGCACCGGUUUCCGACCGUCCGGUUUUGGAGGUUUCGAGGGUUCUGGAAAUCUGCUGUUCCAGAACAGGUCUAAGGUGUUGAGACCUCUCGAAAUUUUCCCUCCUGUCGGGGCUCAGCCCACUCUCUUUCAGAAGAGAGCGGCUCUGCGCCAGAAUUCUGCUAACAACGCUGGUAAUAUGGGUUUUCUGGGUUCAGAAGGACAUAGAGGGAAGAGAGAAUUGAACGAAGAUAAGGAGAAGGGGAGGAAGAACAACAACGAAGAGUAUGAAAUGGAGGAGGCAAGCAUCGACGGGUCCGGUUUGAAUUAUGAUUCUGACGAAGCUACGGAGAACAACAACAACAAGGAGCAGGAGAACGCAAAGAAUGGUGGAAACAAUUCGAAUGCAAAUAGCACUGUUACUGGAACUGAUCAAAAGGGGAAGAAGAAGGGGCUCCCAGCGAAAAAUUUGAUGGCCGAGAGGCGACGCAGGAAGAAACUCAAUGAUAGGCUUUACAUGCUGAGGUCGGUUGUUCCAAAGAUUAGCAAGAUGGAUAGAGCUUCAAUCCUCGGUGAUGCAAUAGAGUACUUGAAGGAACUGCUGCAAAGGAUCAAUGACCUCCACAAUGAACUAGAGUCGACCACGCCUGGCUCUUCACUUCCGUCUUCUACAGCAACCUUCCUCCCAUUAACUCCCACCCCUCCUACACUUCCUUGCCGUGUCAAGGAGGAACUCUGCCCGAGCUCAUUGCCAAGCCCAAAUAACCAACCUGCAAGGGUUGAAGUCAGGGUAAGAGAAGGGAGAGCUGUAAACAUUCACAUGUUUUGUGCCCGAAGACCAGGUCUCUUGCUCUCCACAAUGAAGGCACUUGAUAGGCUUGGACUGGACAUCCAGCAGGCUGUCAUCAGCUGUUUUAAUGGGUUUGCUCUGGAUGUCUUCCGAGCUGAACAAUGCAAGGAAGGCCCAGAUGUGCUACCUGAUGAUAUCAAGGCGGUUCUUUUGGAUUCUGCGGGCUUCCAUGGUAUGAUGUAGUUUGUUCAACAGAUGUAGUUCAUGAACAGUCAGAGAGUUGCAGGAAAAGCACUUCAUGUAGUUGUUCUCAAAGUGAUCUGCCAAUGCGUUUACUAAGCCAUUUCUAGUAUAACGCCAAUGUUUAAAUGGGGCUUAGUGAUUAGUCUGUCAUUGGUUUUUUCCUUUAGCAGGCAUUGCAGCAAAGAACACAUUGUUUACUGCAAUUUUAGUGUUUAAUAAAACCUCCUUUAGAAUUA